AUGACUAAGGAAAAUGUGAAAGAGAUAACAAAGAAGAUUUGUGGCCAAAACGAACGGCGUACCACCGCAGACGCAGAUUCAUACUUUAACCAACUUAGAAAAAUAAUCAAAAAGCUUCCCCAAAAUAGCCGCCAUGCCUUCACCUCCGCCUCCACCUCCACCGCCUCUCCUCUUCAUCUCCGCCACUCCCCUCCCCUCUCCGCCGCCUACUUCCGCCGCAGGGCGCCGCCGCCGCCGCCGCGCCCGACCAUGCCUCCCCACCUCCUCCUCCUCCUCCUCCUCCUCCUCAAUAAUCCUUUCCUUCUCUUUCCUUCCUCCGCCGACGAUUCGGAGGCCCAAAUCCUCCUCAAAUUCAGCUCCUCCCUCUCCAACGCCGCCGCCCUCUCCGGCUGGAACGCCUCCUCCUCUCCGCCGUGCGACGGCGUCGCCGACGGCCCCAGCAGUUGGGCCGGCGUCCUCUGCGACCGCGGUAGGGUUUGGGGAAUCAAAUUGGAGAACAUGGGGCUCGCCGGCGGCAUCGACAUGGACAGCCUCGCCAAAUUGGAGAGCUUAAGAACUGUGAGCUUUAUGGGGAACAAUUUCGGCGGCGAAGUUCCAGAAUUCGCGAAGCUUAGCGCUUUGAAGAGGGUGUAUUUGUCUUACAAUGGAUUUUCCGGCGAGAUCGGCGACCAGAAUUUCGCCGGAAUGGCGUCGUUGAAGAAGCUCUUCCUGUCGGCGAAUCGGAUCUCCGGCCCGAUUCCUACGGGGCUGGCGGAGCUGCCGCGGCUGAGCGAGCUGAUGUUAGAUAGGAAUCAGUUUGAGGGAGAAAUUCCGAAUUUCCCGUUGGAGAAUUUGGUGGCGUUUAAUGCUUCCGAUAAUAAAUUGGGCGGCGAAAUUCCCAAGACUCUCCGCCGCUUUCAUGCUUCGUCGUUUUCUGGGAACAAAGAUCUUUGUGGGACCCCUCUACCCUGCUGCGCCAAACACGGUCCAAAGCAAUCCGUCGCAGCCAUCAUCGUCGCCGGAGUUCUCGUGGCGGCGGCCACGGCGGCGCUCGUCGCCGUAGUAGUAAUCCUCCUCCGCCGCAAGAAAAAUCCCUCCGGGCCGCCGGCAGGAUCUCCGGCCCCCGCCGCAAAAAUCCGACAAAUUAACACCCCCACCCGCGACGUAGAAGAAGGCCAAACCUCUCCGUUAAAACGGCCGUCAAACGCGGCGCCGCCGCAGCCGCCGCCGUCGGAGCCGGCCAAGCCGGCCGUCAAGCUGACGUUCGUCCGCGACGACGGCGUCCGCUUCGACAUGGCGGAGCUGCUCAAGGCGUCGGCUGAGGUCCUCGGCGGCGGCGCGUUCGGGUCGACUUACAAAGCCGCGCUGAGCCGGCCGGAGCGGUUCAUGGUCGUCAAACGGUUCAAGCACAUGAGCAACGUGAGCCGGGACGAGUUCACGGAGCACAUGCGCCGGCUCGGCCAGCUCACCCACGGUCACGUGCUGCCGCUCGUGGCUUUCUAUUAUAGAAAAGAAGAGAAGCUUCUAGUAACCGAAUACGCCGAGAAUUUCAGCCUGGCCGUACAGCUCCACGGCAACCGCUCCCGCCGCAUUCCUCCGCCGGACUGGCCGGCGCGGUUGAGCAUCCUGAAAGGCGUCGCCGCCGCGCUCCAAUACCUCUACGCCGCCCUGCCGAGCCUGACGGCGCCGCACGGCCACCUGAAAUCGUCCAACGUUCUUCUCGACCGGAAUUUCCGGCCGCUUCUGACGGACUACGGCCUGAUUCCGGUAGUGAAUCAGGAGGUGGCACCGGAGCACAUGAUCUCGUACAAGUCGCCGGAGUACAAGGACAGCCGUCGGAUCUGCCGGAAAACAGAUAUCUGGAGUUUCGGGAUUUUGAUUCUGGAGACUCUGACGGGGCGGUUUCCGUCGAAUCUUUUGCAGCCGGGCAGCCGGAACGACGUCGAUCUGGCGACGUGGGCGGAGUCGGUGCUCCGGCGCGGCGGCGGCGGAGAUGGUACGGAAGGGCUGUUUGAUAAGGAAAUGGAGGGGGCGGGUAAUUCCGUGGGGGAAAUGAUGAAAUUGUUGAAAUUAGGGGUGAAUUGCUGCCGGGCUGACGUGGACAAUCGGCCGGACAUUGUAGAAGUCGUCAGGACGAUCGAGGAGAUAAAGGAACGAGAUUCUUUGUAGUUAAUUAGGUUUCGAGAAGCUGAUAAUUAGUUGACGUAAUUUGUGAUUGAUUAGACUAAUUAAUUAAUUAGGUCUUGCAGAAUGGAUUGCU